AUGUUGAAUCAUCGGGAGAUGUUAGAUCGCGUCAACUCGGCGGCCAGGGUCGCCAUACUGCUGGCUCUGCUCUGCUUUUGCUCUGCCACCUCUUCCUACUCUUUCCCCGACGACGCGGCCUGUGCCGGUGCGAGUGGCAUGGCGAUGCCGGGUCCGGGUAAUCUCCUCACGGUCGACCAAUCCGGCAAAGGCGAUUACAGGAAGAUCCACGAGGCGAUCGCCGCCGCCCCGGUGAACAGCUCCGCCCGCACUGUCAUCCUCAUCAAGCCCGGAGUCUACAAGGAGAAGAUCGUCGUCCCCGUGGACAAGCCCAACAUAACACUUUUCGGCACCAGCGCCAACACGACCGUCAUCACCUGGAACGAGCCCUGGCUCUCGACCGACACUUCCCCUACCGUGACCGUUCGGGCCUCCGACUUCGUCGCCAGCCGCUUAACGUUCCGGAACACGUUCGGGACCAGCAAGCAGGCCAUCGCGGUGAGAGUCGCCGGAGACAGGGCGGCGUUCUACGGGUGCAGCUUCUCGUCGUUCCAAGACACGCUCCUCGACGACAACGGGCGCCAUUACUACUGCGGGUGCUACAUCGAAGGUGGCACCGACUUCAUAUGCGGGAACGGCCGGGCUCUCUUUGAAAAAUGCCACCUGCACUCCACCUCGCUCACGGGCGGCGCCUUCACAGCGCAGAAGCGGGCGUCCGAGUCGAACUACACGGGAUACAGCUUCGUCCGGUGCAAGCUAACCGGCGUCGGGGUCAGCACCUCCAUCCUGGGGCGUCCAUGGGAGCCCUACUCCCGCGUCGUGUUCGCUCUCACCUACAUGUCCGCAACGGUGAGCCCUCGAGGCUGGAAUGACUGGAACCACACCGCCAACCAGAGGACGGCGUUCUACGGGCAGUACCAAUGCUACGGCCAAGGGGCGAAAACUGAUGGCAGGGUUAAGUGGGCUCGCAACCUCUCGCCAACCGAAGCAGCCCCCUUCAUGACCAAGGCCUGGAUCGAUGGACAGCAGUGGCUUCCGAAGCAGCCCGCUUCAUGA